UGUUGCUCGGAGCGUCGCCGUACGCGCUAAACAAAUACUAGCACUAAGCUAGCGAAAUAAACAAGGAGAGGAAGAAGAAGAUUAGAAUAGGAAGAAGCAGUACCAUCCCGCUUCCACUUGCAGCAUCAAUCCAUCCAUCUACCCCCACCCCAUGUCAUCCACCGCCCGCCUGCCUCCGCCGUAGUUAUUCGUCCUGCUACCACCUCCCAACCACUCUUCCACGACCACCACCGCCGCCCCAAUCCUACUCGAGUCUCCUCCCGAGUCUCUCGCCAGUUCCACCAAAUCUUUUCCAACGUCCUCGCAUCCCCCGGCCUCUUCUUUCAGUUUCAGGAUCCUGCCUUUGGACGGGUUGAACUGUCUGAAACACUGUCAAAUGUUUGUGGAAGGAUUUGGGGGAGCUUGAGCAGGGAUCAUUCCCACCUCAGGCGACGUUAAUGACUGGAUGGUUUCUGAAGAUUGGCAACCAGAAGGGCUCAUCUUUCACACGCAUGAAAGCAUGCAGCAAACGUUGCAGCUCUUCGUUAUGCUUCAUUCUGCUGUGGAUGCUUGUGCUACCCAAUCUCUGGAUAACAUGCAGCGGAAGUAUUCAGAAAAAUGUUCUCCUACCAGGGUUCAGUGCCUCGGAAAUGGGUUACAUUGAUAACAAUGGAAUUUUUCUGCUCUCGAAUGGCUCAGUGUUUGGCUUUGGUUUUGUCACCAGCAGUGUGUCAGAGAGCACAUCCUACCUUCUUGCGGUGGUGCACCUGGGCAGCACUACUGUCGUCUGGACUGCCAAUGCUAACUCUCCGGUUUCUCAUUCAGAUAGCUUUGAGUUCGACAAGGAUGGCAAUGCCUACCUGCAAUCUGCAGGCUCCACCGUCUGGACUGCCAAUGUCUCUGGCAAAGGCACCUCCAUGCAGCUAUUGGACUCUGGCAAUCUUGUUGUGCUCGGUAAUGAUAACUCUUCUCCUCUGUGGCAGAGUUUCAACUAUCCAACAAACACACUUCUGUCUGGCCAGAGCUUCACUGAAGGGAUGACCCUUGUCAGUCAGUCCACCAGACAGAACAUGUCAUAUACACUUCAAAUCAAAUCCGGGGACAUGAUGCUGUACGCAGGCUUCCAGAACCCCCAACAGUACUGGUCUGCGUGGCAGGAUAGUCAGUUGAUUGUUAACAAGAAUGGCGACAUCUACUCCGCAAGCCUCAAUUCAACUUCUUGGCACUUCUAUGAUCAGUCAGGGUCUCUUCUAUCACAGCUCCUCAUGCCACAGCAGGGUGUCGCCAACACCACGUUUGCUGCUGUCCUACGAGAUGAUGGAUCGAUUGCCUUCUAUAUGCUGCAGAGUGGGAGUGGCAAGACUACUCUUCCAAAAGCAAUCCCGCAGGACUCAUGUGACAUGCCAACCCAGUGCAAACCGUACUCCAUUUGCAAUAGUGGGACAGGAUGUCAGUGCCCUUCAGCUCUUGGCUCCUUUUCAAAUUGCGACCCAGGUCUCAUAUCACCAUGCAAGUCAAAAGAGACAUUUCAGCUAGCUCAACUGGACAGUGGGGUUGGGUAUGUCGGUACUAGCUUCACCUCACCUGUGGCUAAGACAAAUAUCACAGGUUGCAAGAAUAGUUGCAUGGGCAAUUGUUCAUGCAUUGCAAUGUUCUUUGACCAGAAAUCAGGCAAUUGCUUCCUUUUUAGCCAGAUUGGUAGCUUGCAGCAGAGUGGAAAUAAAACUGAUUUUGCAUCUUUCAUCAAGGUUUCUAGCAGUGGCUCAGGGCGAAGUGGGACUGGCAGUGGAAUACACACUAUCAUUAUUGUUGUCAUUAUAGUUGGAACUUUGGCUGUCAUAGGGGUCCUUGUUUAUGCUGGUUUCUUCAUUUAUAGGAGGAGGAGGUAUCCUUCAUUUGCACAAGAUGAGGCUGGUUCAUCGGAAGACGAUGGAUAUCUGCAGACGAUAUCUGGAGCACCAGUGCGGUUCACUUACAGGGAGCUCCAAGAUGCAACAAACAACUUCUCUAACAAGCUUGGCCAGGGAGGAUUUGGAUCUGUAUAUCUCGGAACACUCCCAGAUGGCGGUCGCAUUGCUGUCAAGAAACUGGAGAGCAUAGGCCAGGGAAAGAAAGAAUUCCGCUCUGAGGUGACGAUAAUUGGCAGCAUCCACCACAUCCAUCUAGUUAAACUCCGAGGCUUCUGUGCUGAGGGGUCAUACAGGCUUCUUGCGUAUGAGUACAUGGCGAAGGGGUCGCUGGAAAGGUGGAUUUUCCGUACUAAAGAGGCUGACCCUCUUUUGGACUGGGAUACAAGGUUUAACAUUGCACUUGGAGCAGCAAAGGGAUUGGCGUACCUCCAUCAGGACUGUGAGUCGAAGAUCAUUCAUUGCGAUAUCAAGCCUGAGAAUUUUCUUCUUGAUGACAACUUCCUUGUGAAGGUCUCUGACUUUGGCCUUGCCAAGUUGAUGAGUAGGGAGCAGAGCCUUGUUUUCACAACGAUGAGAGGCACGCGGGGCUAUCUUGCGCCCGAGUGGAUCACCAACUACGCCAUAUCAGAGAAGAGUGACGUGUACAGCUAUGGGAUGGUUCUGUUGGAGAUAAUUAGUGGGAGGAAAAACUUUGAUCCCGUGGAAGGCUCAGAGAAAGCUCAUUUUCCGUCCUUCGCUUUCAAGAAACUUGAGGAAGGUGAUCUAAGUGAGAUCUUCGAUGCGAAGCUAAAGUACAGUGACAAGGAUGAGCGAUUGGAGAUCGCGAUCAAGGUUGCUCUGUGGUGCAUCCAGGAGGAUUUCUACCAGAGACCUUCCAUGUCAAAGGUUGUCCAGAUGCUUGAAUGCGUCUGCGACGUGCCCCAGCCACCGGUAUCCUCACAAAUUGGAUAUCGGCUCUAUGCGAACGCGUUCAAAUCGAGCAGCGAGGAGGGCAUGUCGUCAGGGAUGUCAGACUACAAUAGUGAGGCUUUACUUUCAGCUGUGCGCCUCUCUGGUCCUAGAUGAUGGUGUGGAUGUUGUGUAUAUCUGUUUGUAGCUAGAAUGAUGGUCUUCAGUUUUGGGGUAGGGCCUGUUGAUUUUGUGAUCAUUUGUUCACGGUUAGUGUACAUAUGUUUAUCAUUAUUAUGUCAGGUGGUAACUUUUAUAA